AUGAGUUCUCGUGCAUUAAGGAGAUUAGAGAAGAAUAAGCUUGCAGAAUUAGAAUUCAAGCCUCCACCUGUUGAAAAGACAGAAAAUGAGGAAGGAGAAGUAGAAGAGGAUGCUGAUGAUGAAGCGAGCGAACAAGAUCUGGUUCAAAAACGUUUUAAUGCCUUUUCAUUAUUAAACGAAGGAUCAGACAACGAAGAAUCAGAAGAAGAAGAAGAGGAAUUCGAACCAGAGCAGAAGAAGAAGACUGCUCCACAAAUAAAGCAAGUCGUGACAAAAUCUAAGAAAGCAAAAAAGAAAAAGAAGUCAAAACAGAAGAAAGAGAUUGAACCAGAGAUUGACAGUGAUGAAGAGUUGGAUAGAAUUUUGGCUGAGACUAAAAGAAAAGAUCAAGAGAAAUUAAGAGGAUCAUCUAACAGUCCUUAUUAUGGAGAUGAAGAUGAAUAUGACUUUGAAGAAGAGUAUGAUGACCAUGAUCUGCCAGUCCCCAACUAUGAAGACAACUUUAAAUAUUUCACAACAAGACGAUUGAAACAAAGUUUACCUUUAUUAUCAGUAAAAUCGAUUGGAAACUUAGACCAAGAUCAAGAAUAUCGUAAUUUAUUUGGGAAUUUAUCAAUGGAUACUAUUGAAGAUGCAAAUUCUACAACUUCAUUAGCAAUCUCACCCGAAAUGUUACAACAGUUCAAGAAGUUAGCAAGACUUACUAGAGGAUGGGGUGGAAAUGAUCGUCGGAGUGUUCCAGGAACCACUAGGAAAUUAUUAUUAUCAAAAAUACGAGAUGAUUACUUACCUACUACGUUGAAACCCAUGACUAUGGAAGAGAUAAAGCCAGAAGAUUAUCGUGAAUAUUUGGAAUGCAAGAAUGACACAUUAGAUUUAAAAGAUUUAGAAUUGAAGAUAAAAAAGGAGCAAAGCUUAGGUGUUAGAUAUUUCAAAUUUAACAAAAUCAACAGUGUCAAAGAACAAAUUGCAAAUACCAAAUUUUACGUAUAUGUCGUUUUGAGACCAGAUCAUGAAGGAUUAAUGAAAUUAUUACAAGAAUAUCCAUAUCACGUAGAAACAUUGCUUCAAGUUGCAAUGGUCUUGUUGAGACAAGGUGACAACAAAUCAGCUAGUAGUGCAUUAGUGGAAAGAGCCUUAUUUGCCUUUGAUAGAUCUUUCCACAAGAAUUGUCAUGAAUUGUUAUCCCAAGCAAAGACGGGAUUAAUUAGGCUACCAUAUGAAAAGUUCAUGAAUAGACAAUUUUACUUGUGUUUAUUCAGAUAUAUAAUUGCCCUUGGGGAAAGAUCAACAUUUUUCACAGCUUUGUCAUAUUGUAAGUUCUUAUUAUCUCUUUUCCCAAGUGAAGAUCCAUUGGGUGUGAGAUAUUUCAUAGAUUAUUAUGCCAUCAUGAGUGAAGAAUAUAAAUAUUUGAUCCAAUUUGCCGAGUCACCUUUGACUACCACUUAUACUAAAUGGUAUACACCAGGUAUUGCAUAUUCCACAGUUUUGGCCCAUUUAAGAUUAGGAGAUAAAGAAAAGGCAAAGAUUGCAUUAAAACAGGCAUUUGAAGCCCAUCCAUACACAGCAUUCAAAUUAUUCGAAACCGUGGGCUUAGCUAAAGAUAUUAGUAUCAAAGAAAGUGAAUUCACAAUCAACCGAGAAGUAAUGGUUUCCACAGAGACAUAUCUUGUUAGAGCCGGUGCUCUUUGGAAUAAACACGACGAGGUACAAUUUUUACAUGAUGAAUUAAAAGAAUUGUUUAGUUCAAGAAAACAACAAAAACCAGGCAGAUUGGAAGGUGUCAAAGCAUCUAUUUAUGAAUUUUUAGGAUUAUCAACUGCUGAAGAGAAAAUGGACGGAGAAAUUCCAGUUAAUUUACUUAGAUUUACGGUACUUUCAGGAGAGAGUAGAAUUAUGGCAAAAUUACCCGAACAUUUUUGGUCUCGUGAGGAUAUUCAUGAAUAUGAUGUUUUACCUCCAAAUCCAUUACCUAUAAUGUUUGAAGGGGGCCGUAUAUUGGAAGAUGCACAUGAUAAUAAAACCGUGACUGAUUUAUUGUUUUAUUAUCUUAAUCAAGAGUUGCUUUCUUCUAUUUUGCUAUCAGGAUCCGAAGAGCCUGGUUUUGAUGAGGCGGCCAUGAGAAGGAUUGAAGCUGCAUUUCGGGAUAUAGAUAUAGAUCGAGUUCAAUUGGAUGACGAUCCUCAGCGUCUAGUGGAUAUGCUAAAUGAACUUGAAGAGUAG